AAUUUAUGUGCCUUAAAUCCAUCAAAACCCGGGAUGACGCUUAGGUCAUCAAAAUAGUCCUGAGAUACGUACAGGUUGAGAGUGUCUGAUUUUUGGGGGCCCCCAAAGGCAGGGGGCCAUGGAGACAGGCUUCCAAGAGUCUGGACAGACCUGACUCUGCACACACGCUUUUGGUGCUCACCCUUCCUGCCACUGGGAACCUUUUGUCUUAUACUCUCUUUGGAUCCCCCAGCCCCUGCAUAGGGCUGGGUGUGUAACUGGGACUGAACACUGGAAAUCACCUCAUGAAGCCCGUUCUUGGUGUCUAGGGUGGCCUCCCCUGGAGGUGGAAGGUGGCAGGACUCGCAUAGCAAAGACCCCUUACUAAGGCCAGCAAUCCUGAUCCCUGAUUCAGGAACUGACGUCCCAGUGAUCCUUUCACUAGUUGGGACUCCUGGUGGCAAGUGACAGAAAGGAAGGGGGCGGACUGGCUCAAGUCAGCAGGCAUGAGGGCCCCGCUCUCCUCCUCUGUGCAGCUCCCACCUCGGGCAGCACUCCCGCUCCCAGCCUCGGUUCAAUCUGUCAGCAGCCCCAGGAACAGAGCCUGCCUCACCCCCUGCAGCUGAGUAAACAUCGUAGACUAGAGUCUCCUGGGCCCAUCCUGGGCGUGGGGCCCGUCAGAGUGUCCUGGGCUCAUCCUGGGUAUGGGCCCAUCACGGUGGCUGGGAGGAUGCUGGAGCCCAGGGAUGCACCACUUCGGCCAGCCCGGUGCCCCGCCUUGGAUCCCGUGUCUAAACAGCCUGGAGUGGAGGAGGGUGGUUCCUGAGAACAGCUGGAUGUUGGGGCAAGCAGGAGGGGGGCCGUGCUGGCUUGCGUGUCCACCAUGCACGCCCGUCGUCACAGCUACCUCGGCAGCAUGCACAGCCGUCUCAGCCUGCAUCUUCUCUGGGCCUGGAGGGCAGCUGGGCGAGCACCGCAGUGGAUGUCAGUGAGGUUGGCUCAGCAUGUCGGUCAGCGUCCAUGAGACCCGCAAGUCGCGGAGCAGCACGGGCUCCAUGAAUAUCACGCUGUUCCACAAGGCCUCGCACCCCGACUGCGUGCUGGCGCACCUCAACACGCUGCGCAAGCACCGCAUGUUCACGGACGUCACGCUCUGGGCCGGCGACCGCGCCUUCCCCUGCCACCGCGCCGUGCUCGCCGCCUCCAGCCGCUACUUCGAGGCCAUGUUCAGCCACGGCCUGCGGGAGAGCCGCGACGACACGGUCAACUUCCAGGAGAACCUGCACCCUGAGGUGCUGGAGCUGCUGCUGGACUUCGCCUACUCGUCCCGCAUCGUCAUCAACGAGGAGAACGCCGAGUCGCUGCUCGAGGCGGGCGACAUGCUGCAGUUCCACGACGUGCGCGACGCGGCCGCCGAGUUCCUGGAGAAGAACCUGUUCCCGUCCAACUGCCUGGGCAUGAUGCUGCUGUCGGACGCCCACCAGUGCCGGCGGCUCUACGAGUUCUCGUGGCGCAUGUGCCUGGUGCACUUCGAGGCCGUGCGGCAGAGCGAGGACUUCAACAGCCUGUCCAAGGACACCCUGCUGGACCUCAUCUCCAGUGAUGAGCUGGAGGCCGAGGACGAGCGCGUGGUCUUCGAGGCCGUCCUGCAGUGGGUCAGGCACGACCUGGAGCGGCGCAAGGCCCACCUGCCUGAGCUGCUGCGCAGCGUGCGGCUGGCCCUGCUGCCGUCCGACUGCCUGAAGGAGGCCGUGUCGGGCGAGGCCCUGCUCAUGGCCGACGAGCGCACGCGGCUCAUCGUGGACGAGGCGCUGCGCUGCAAGGCCCGCAUCCUAGAGAACGACGGCGUGGUCACCAGCCCCUGCGCCCGGCCGCGCAGGGCCGGGCACACGCUGCUCAUCCUCGGGGGCCAGACCUUCAUGUGUGACAAGAUCUACCAGGUGGACCACAAGGCCAAGGAGAUCAUCCCCAAGGCGGACCUGCCCAGCCCCCGCAAGGAGUUCAGUGCCUCGGCCAUCGGCUGCAAGGUCUACGUGACCGGGGGCCGGGGCUCCGAGAACGGGGUCUCCAAGGACGUGUGGGUGUACAACACCGUCCACGAGGAGUGGUCCAAGGCGGCGCCCAUGCUCAUCGCCCGUUUCGGCCACGGCUCGGCCGAGCUGGAGAACUGCCUCUACGUGGUCGGGGGGCACACGUCCCUGGCUGGCGUCUUCCCAGCCUCGCCGUCUGUCUCCCUGAAGCAGGUGGAGAAGUACGACCCCGAGGCUAACAAGUGGACGAUGGUGGCCCCACUGAGGGAUGGCGUCAGCAAUGCCGCGGUCGUGAGCGCCAAGCUGAAGCUCUUUGUCUUCGGGGGGACCAGCAUCCACCGGGACAUGGUGUCCAAAGUCCAGUGCUACGACCCCGCAGAGAACCGGUGGACGAUCAAGGCCGAGUGUCCCCAGCCUUGGCGGUACACCGCUGCCGCCGUCCUGGGCAGCCAGAUCUUCAUCAUGGGAGGCGACACGGAGUUCACAGCCGCCUCGGCCUACCGCUUCGACUGCGAGACCAACCAGUGGACGCGGAUCGGGGACAUGACUGCCAAGCGCAUGUCCUGCCACGCCCUGGCCUCGGGCAACAAGCUCUACGUGGUGGGGGGCUACUUCGGGACCCAGCGGUGUAAGACCCUGGACUGCUAUGACCCCACCUCGGACACGUGGAACUGCAUCACCACCGUGCCGUACUCGCUCAUCCCCACGGCCUUCGUCAGCACCUGGAAGCACCUGCCCGCAUGAGGCGCACCUGUAGAGCCCAACCAGACGCUGUGUGUUUCUCCCCACCCCACGGCUGCAGCCCUCACUGUUGCACGGUGGCCCUGACCCUGUCUGCCAUGGCGGGAAGCUCAGCCCAGCCCCAGGCCAGUACUCCGAGCAGCCGGAAGCCGGCCCCACCAGCUCUGGGCGGCUUCAGGGGCUGCUCUGAGCUUCAGAGAAGAAAAUCCGUCUCCAGCGCCCUGUGUGUCUGGCCAAGGCCUUUCCUGCUUUGCAGUGGUUUGCGGGGGAGAGGACCUUUCAAGGGGGGCGUGGACGGACGCCAGGACUCCCUCAGCCUCGGGGAGAAGGACACGUUUGCAGAGCUUUGAGGUCACCUAUUUCAGCAAGUUCUGGACUGGGAUGGGGGGGCUGGGUGGGUGUGGGGGGGUGUCCCUGAAGGGGUGGGUGUGGCAGCACUGACAGCAUGGUCUUUGGCUCAGGGCUUCCCUGUUGGUGUUGUAAUGUCUCCCCACAGAUGAUGUCCCAGGCCUCUGGGAAACAGGUGCAUCGGGGCUGAGAGCAGAUUGUGCCGCGGAGAAAUUCAGCACAUUAAGGGAGGGAACCCUUCAGUGGCGCCCACCAGUCUCCGUUAGCAAAUGACACCCAGACCCCCAGGGUUAAUAGGCCCCUCCCCAGAGUCGGGCCUUGCCCCCAGUGACCUCACCACCUCCUGGUCAGGCCAGCUACACCCUAGGAUACUGUGCCUAGGUGCAGAUGCACGUGGAGACCAGGGGAUGCCCCAUCACCUCCCCUCAGAGCCCAGCCCAAGAGGCAGCAAUGACCCCAUCUCCUGACAGGAGCACGGUCACCCUAGAAUAUGGCGCUACCCUCCAAGACCAGCAACAGAUAUGAGCUGGGGACCACAGAGGGACUCCAGGGUGCCCACUAUAGAUCCCACCAGGGCCGGACACAUCUCAACUUGGAGGAUGACAAGGCCCAUGAUGCCGGCCCCCCAUCCAGUGCCCGCUGUCCUCUGACAUCUUGCCCUUCCAGCUGGUAAUGGGAUCUGGCCCCUUUGCCCCCUGAGCUCAAAAACAAUGGUCCCAAGAAAACUGCCAACCAUUUGUUCAUUUCUUCCACCUCCCAAGUCAUUGGGUACCUCACAGGUACAACCUCAGCAUCUGGGGUUCUGGAGAGGUUGGCUCCUGCCAGCAGCCCUCCUCACACCUAGUGUUAGAGUUUCUGGGCUGGUCCUUCGCUUGCCCCAGUGCAAGGCCAUGAGCUGCCACUUGGGAAAAAGUCAAAAGCGGACGGCACAUCUCCAGGUUCUUUGGACCCCACAGACCCCACCUGUAUGAGAGGCCAACCUCUUGCUCUCGGUGCUUCAUCUCAGCCACCUAGAAGCCAGGUGGCUAGUCCCAGGAGAUGGCUCAGCCUGAGAUUUGGGGAGGCCCUGGGGCUGGUGGGGAAGCAGCAGCCCCAGGUCCAGAGCCCACACUGCCUGGAGGGGCCCCUGUGGCCUGUUGCAUUGCUGAGCCGAGUUAAGCACAGAUCUCACAGCACAGAGGACCUCAUAGUGGUGCUUUUCCCAAAAGUUGUGUUGCUUUUAUCCAUUUUUAACUUAAUAAAAGAGUUGAGAAAAA